AGACCCAAUAUGUCAACACCUAACCAAGCCCACAGCUCAGCUCCACAGUCACUCAUAGCUGAGAAGUGAGAACCAGCUUUCAGAGAAAGUCCGUACAAUCCUUCUUCUUCCUAAUCCUAGGGUUCUUCAGAGAGAGAAGCUUAGGCACUAAUCAGAUUGAAAAGAUGCAGAGUUUGAAGCGAUUGACCCACCAAGCUUCUUCUUCAACCCGAGCUACUCUAUUGGGUGCUCAGCUUUCAAGCCACCAAGACAAGUUCUUUCUUCAUCCUACUCGUCAGCAUUUAGCUCAAAGGUCUUCCAUUCGCUUCCUCGACAUUUACCAGCUGGGAAACAAAGCAGCAAUCGAGAAAGAGCGUGCUCGACUUGCAGAUGAGAUGAACCGGGGAUACUUUGCCGAUAUUUCAGAACUUAACCAACAUGGUGGUAAGAUUGCAAUGGCAAAUAAAAUUAUAAUUCCUGCAAUGGCAGCCGUAAAGUUUCCUGUGUUAGAAGUGAACUACUCUGAUGGUACAACAGUGAAGUUGCCAAAAACUUCCAAUGGAGAGAUUGUUGAUGUGGACAAAUCAGCUAUCCCAAAGGCAUCUUUGAUAUGUCUUUCAUUCCGUGCAAACUCUCAGGCAAUGAUUGAUUCUUGGAGUGGGCCUUUUAUUGAUGCUUUUAGUAAUUCAAAAGACGUUCAGCUAUAUGAGGUAUCAUUUAUAGACUCAUGGUUCUUACGUUUGAACCCUAUUAAGCGGCUGCUUCUUCGGAUAAUGAAAAAAUCUAAUGGAGGGAAGGAUGCUCUUCAGAAGCAGAUUGUAUAUUCAUUCGGUGACCAUUAUUACUUCAGAAAAGAACUAAAAGUUCUGAACCUUCUCACUGGGUAUAUUUUUCUACUUGACAAAUUUGGUAGAAUAAGAUGGCAAGGCUUUGGAUUGGCAACGCAAGAGGAGUUGUCAUCCCUGCUUUCUUGCGCAUCGCUUCUUUUGGAAGAGAAAUGAGUGAUAUUGGCUUGUGAAAAGGAUUGGGAAGAAAGAGUUGUCAUGGUGGCAUUUGUAAUAAGCCUCUUGGCCCAAUGGAUCUGGGGAUUCAGAUCUGUAAGGGGCCUCUGUUUUGUAGCUGUGAGACCUGCAAAUUAGCUUUUGAAAAAGCAACUGAUGUAGAAUAACUUUCAUCUUUAUGAAAUUUGAGGGGAAAAAAAUCUACAAAAUUUACGAUGAGCAGGAAUGAAAUAGUUCUUUAUUCUUGGUCUUCUAAACUUUAUUUCUUUCAUUCCACUAUAAAAGUCAAAUGUAACAGUUUCUUUCAUUUUAUGUAAAGUUACAUUUAAAAUUUUCUAUUACAGUACAUAUGUUACCACGUUAAAGUCUUCCCAUUGCAUAAUGGAAAAGAACUUGUUGUGGUGGUGACACUCUUGCUCCAGACUCCAGGCUCCAGCAGUACAAGCAGAUGGAGUGCAAAAUUUAUUUAAUAGUGCAAACUUAAAAGUUCCUGUCUGGCAAGGAUGCUUUGAUGAGAUCUACAAAAGAGAGAGAGAGAGAGAGAGAGAGAGAGAGAGAUUCUCUUCUAAAAGAAUAUGUAUUUUCAAAGAUGCUUUUGAGACCAAACUCUAGAGAUAGAGAAUAUGUUAUGAGAUAUGUAAUGUCAUAAUAUGUGUCUUUCCUUUUUGCCACAGAUUAAUGAAAAGUCACCUAUGUUGUGGAUGAA